UUGGCGUCGAGCGCGGUUGACUACCCCGUCGAGUACGGCCGACGCUACCAUGCUUUCCGCCCAGGAGCGUACUUUAUGCCGAACGACGACAAUGAGAUGGAUCGUCUUGAUUCGACACAUGAACUUGCGCUGAGGAUAUUGGGGUACAAGCUCUAUCUGGCGCCCCUGGACAAAGAUAAGGUCCACAAAGUCCUCGACAUUGGUACCGGUACCGGAAUUUGGGCCAUGGAAAUGGGUGAUCUCCUUCCUCAUGCAGAGAUUUACGGGAAUGACUUGAGCGCCAUCCAGCCAGAAUGGGUUCCUCCGAACGUCAAGUUCGAAGUCGACGACGUAGAAAGCCCGUGGAUCGGUGACAGGAAGUAUGACUUCAUCUUCUGCCGCUACAUGAUCGGUUCGAUUGCGGACUACCGCAAACUGGUCAAGAACGUCUAUGACAAUCUGAACCCCGGCGGCUGGGCCGAGUUCAUGGAUAUGAGCGGCAAAUUCUACUCAACGGAUGGCAGUCUCAAAGAGGAGCAUUCUACCCACAAGUGGGACUCUAUGCUCAUGGACGCCAUCACGUCCAUGGGCCGCGAAAGCCGCCCUGGCCCUCAGCUUGAGGGAUGGGUUCGGGAUGCCGGAUUCCAGAAUGUGACACAUAGGAAGUUCCUCAUCCCGAUUGGGCCCUGGCCGAAGGACCAACACUACAAAGAUAUCGGCUUGCUCAACCUUGCCCAGAUACUGGAGGGCCUCGAGGGUUUCUCAAUGAGGGUCUUCUGCGGUGUACUGGGCUGGGAGAAAAUAGAGGUAGAAGUACUCCUCGCCCAGGUCCGUAAAGAGUUGAAAACACUCCACACGUUUCACGCUCAGUUUGAUAAUCACAAUGUGGUUGGUCAGAAGCCCUUGGAGGAAACCUCGUGA